GAAAACCCUAGAAAGACGAGAUUUUGAUCUACGGCGAAUAAAAAGGGUAUUUUUAGCAACACAAGAACCCUAAUUCCGUCUUCAUUCAUCCAAUCUUUUCUUUUUCUCGAAACGGCAUCUGUUAUUGAUACAUGAAAGGAACCAAGCGUCUCGGCGUAUCAGAAUCCACUGUAGACACCAAUAAUUUGUUUAGUAAAAAAAUUAUGGUAGGACCACAAUUUGAUUUUCAACGAGCAGCAUCAACUCAGCAGAACUCAGUGGGGGCUCCAUCAUUAGAUAUGCAUCGAGCCGAGUCAUCAAGACAACAUGUGAGAGCUCUCAAUAACCAAUUUGCAAGUUGGGUCCAUGCUCAGUUGCAAAAUCACCCUGAUGAACUCUGGGAAGAUGGAGUACAAGACUACCUAACUCAUGCGUCAAACAUUAUGGAGAAAUUUAGUGAUGUUGUCAACUGGCUUAAAUCAAAUUCGACAAAGAGUGAAAGUUUGUUAGAACAUGGAUCACAUGCUGUUCAAAAGAAACUUGUUACAGAAAGUAAGGACAAUGAAAAUACAUCCUUUCAAGAGAAAAUUCUGAAGGCUCCAUUUUCUGCAACAACCCCAGUAUUUGCAACUUCAAGUUUUGCAACCUCAUGGAGUACCGGGUCUCUCUUUAGCAAUCAAUCCUCUUUUUCAUUUGGCGGGCAAAGUACAAUUUCUGUAAAGCCAGAUGCUUCAAAUGAUGCAGAUGGUGAUGACGAAAUUGAGCAGCCAAGCAGCCCAUCUCUGAAAAAGACCGAAGAGACUGGCAUCCUGGUAGUGCAUGAAGUCAAAUGUAAGCUUUAUGUCAAGUCUACUGAUCCAGCUGAUAAAGAUGCAUGGAAAGAUAGAGGAACAGGACAACUGUCUAUCAAAUGCAAAGAAGGUGUUACCAAAGGCACCAAAGACUCCAAACCAACGAUUCUUGUUAGAAAUGAUGUGGGAAGAUUGCUGCUUAAUGCAUUGUUAUAUCCAGGCAUAAAGACAAGCGUGCAAAAGAAUUCAAUUGUGGCUAUUUUUCAUACUGCGGAUGAUAACGGGAAUGACAAUAGCAAAGUUGUUGCACGUACCUUCUUGAUAAGGACAAAAAACCAGGAGGACAGGGACAAGCUUGCGGCCACGAUUCAAGAAUAUGCUCCUGCUGCUUCAUAGUUUGCACCAUCAACUGGAUACAAUGUGCAUAACUUACGUGGGUAUGUCGUUCACAAUGGCUAAGACCACGUUAUGGACCAGGUAUGCAGAAUGGUGGUAGUGGAGUCGAAGUCAGUUUAUGUACGACUUGGGAAAUCCGCGCUUUCAUAUUGUUUGUAUCAUUUAGGAUGAGAUACAAAAUUGUACCAUCGAUCGGUUGCGGCUGAAUGCAAUUAGAAAGCCAGGUUUUUUGACGUAUGCUUUAUGUAGGCACCUUCAUUGCUUAAUGUUGUACUACUAUAUGGUUGCAUCGUGGUUGAGUUUGCAGAUGACACUAACAAUCAAAACUAUAAUGGAGAGUGAGUAAUCAAAUAUUUGAUUGCAAUUCAAUAAUAAUUAAACGGU